AUGUGGUUAGAGACACACUGGAAGAAUAUCCGCCAAGCGUUGUUGCUUCUUUUCACUGCUGCUCUUCUCAUUGGGGUCACCAUGCUGGCUGUUUCAUCUAACAUCAAUCCAGUAGGCUAUUUCUUCCUAGGGGUAGGGGGAGUGUGCCUGAUUGGCUAUUUGCUGAGUGCAUUUGUCAAGUGUUACCUGAGGAAUCGGCACCAACAUGAUGCAAAUGAGGUACCUCCAAACAGGCAAAGCCAAGCAGGGGUGAACGCUGCCUACGAAGCGCCCACCUACGAGGAGGUGAUGACAGUGUCAGCUCCAGCAAUAUGGACGAUUGCAUCCAAUCCAGGCUUAGUGCCCUCACCACUGAAUGAGCCUCCUCCUUACAGCAUAGUUAGUGAAUCAUCUGCCCAAGAAGAUAUUACGGUGGAGGCCCUCAGGGUUCCAGUGGCAUCAGACACAAGGCACGCCUCUGACACAGACACAGGCUCCAGGAUGCAGUUGCAGCUGGUGCUGCCCCCAAGACUGCAGCGGUUUGUUUCGGACAUCCACGAAGUAAAAGGUAUUGAAGACAGGUUUGAGCCACUGGAGCCACUCACUCCACCACCUGCUUAUGAGAGUGCCAUCAAUGAUGACGUCUUUGAAGAUGCUUUCCAGCCCGCCAUAUUAGGAUUAAUUUCACCUUCGAUGAAUGCAGAACCAAACCCUCACCCCAAUACAGGAUGCUCCUAG